CUCUCUCUCUCUCUCCACCACCACCACAACCACCAUCAGCAGCUUCUUCUCUAGACAUCAAUCACCUCCUUCUUCCCUCUCUCUUCCUCCGCAGCACCUGAACGCGUCUAUGCGAUCAACCCCCGCCAACCCCCACUAACAUAACCUGCAACCACCCAUCUUCCCCCCUCCGUCCCCUCAUCCCCCACCUCGGCUAUCAGUUCUCAGUUGAGAUGGCCUCUCCAUCGGCCUCCCCCGCCACCACCCCAGGCGCAAACCCCAACUCCCAAUCUGCAUCAUCGUCAUCGCAGUUCGAAAAGCCCUCUGCUACAUCCAGCGACGCCCAACCAGCCUCCCCGAAUGCGCCCUCCGAGACCCCUGCGCCGUCGCGCGGGGCGAAUGUCGCCAGCGCCGAGGAUGAUGAUGAUGACUCCGAUUUCGAUGAUCUAGAUGAAGUCCUCGACGACUUCAAACCCACCCCGAAACCCGCCUCCGCCUCCGCCACCGCCCCCGAUGCCUCCCCCGCAGCCGACGACUUCGACGAAGAAGCCUUCCUGAAACAACUGGAACAAGACAUGGCCAGCAUGAUGGGCGGCGCAGGAGGAAAGAAAGACUCCUCAGCGUCCGGCUCAGCCGACCAGCCCCCUCUCGACGCCGACGCCGAGACCUUCGCCAAGUAUUUCGAGGAAAGCGGCAUCAAUGCCUCGGAUUUCUUGAAGCAGCUUGUCGGCGAUGUGAUUAUGAAGGGAGACGAUGGGGCGUCGUCUAGUGGCGCGGGCGCGGGUGCAGGUGCAGGAGCGGGGUCUUCAACGACGGCAGCAGCAGCUUCAACAGGGUCAGGAUCAGGAUCAGCAGCAGCAGGCGGCGCGCCCGAAACCUUUAACGACACAAUCCAACGCACGAUCAACCGGAUGAAAGAAUCCGGCGACAAAGCCACGGCCGCAGCCUCGGAGGACGAAAUAUCCGAUGACCUUGUCGCGCAGCUCCUGAAAGCCAUUGAGGCUGGUGGCGGCGCCGGCGAGGAUGGCGGGGACGAGGGCGAUCUCACGAAGAUGUUCAUGGGGAUGAUGGAGCAGUUGUCCAACAAGGAGAUCCUGUAUGAGCCGAUGAAGGAGCUGGAUGAGAAGUUCGGGCCGUGGUUGGAGGAGAAUCGCAAGAAGGGGACGGUGUCGGCAGAGGAUCUGGAGCGGUUUGAGAGGCAGGCGGCCGUGGUGAAGGUUAUCGUGGCGAAGUUUGAGGAGACUGGUUAUUCCGAUGAGGAUCAGGCGUGUAGGGAGUUUGUGUGGGAGAAGAUGCAGGAGAUGCAAGCAGCCGGCAACCCCCCCGACGAAUUGAUCUCUGCGCCGUGGAUGGAGGGUCCUGGCGCUGCCGGUGCCGGUGCCGGUGCCGGUGCUGGACCUGGCGCCGGUGGAAUCCCAGAUUGUCCGCAGCAAUGAG